CAUUUUUCAAUCCCAUUCGGCGACAUGACAAUCCAAAAGACAUUCUCGUGUUUCUAUAUUUAAAAAACAAAUAAGGGAUUUGACACAACCCCGAAAAAAAAAAGAUCUUCUCAAAUUUUACUCGGAAGGAAGAACCCUAAUUUGGCUUUGAGGAUGGAACUCGAGAGAAAGGCCUUUUGAAUUGUGGGGUUGAUCAGCUUUUUCGAAACUGUUGGUACAUUGAUGUAUGUUUAGAUGGCUCAUGGGGUUUCAGAAGAGAACGAUCUCGUAGUAGAUAUUGAAAGUGGUGUGGCUGAGAUUUCACAAGAAAGCACUGCAAAUCUGUCAAAUGUGAGAACAGAACCGAUUCCAAACCAUGUUUGGAAUGGACGUUUGAGUUUUGGAGGGGCUGAGAAGACGGAUGAUGAUCUCAACUAUCCUUUACUCGGAGACAAAAACCCGGGACAAAGAAGCUGCCAAAACUCGGACCUUUCGGGGAAAAAAUGCGAGAAUGUGAAGUUUAAGAAGUCGAGAAAGCCUCCAAAGCCACCAAGACCUCCUAAAGGGCCAUUGCUAAGUGGAAAUGACCAGAAGUUGAUGAAGGAAAUAGCUGAGCUCGCCAUGAGAAAGCGGGCGAGGAUUGAAAGGAUGAAAAUGCUGAGAAGAACGAAGGCAGCCAAGUCACCGCCCUCUCCCUGCAGUAGCGUUUUUGCUAUGAUAGUGACGGUUCUCUUCUUCGUCUUUCUUUUCUUUCAAGCUGCAGGAUUCUCCAGAAGCAAUGUGACAAUGGGUUCAGACAGGUCACCCGCACCAACUGUUUCAGCUAACGAACGAUUGAUUUCAGUUCAGUUCUAUAAUGAAUUUGCUCCCCGUGAGAAAACUGAUCCAAGCCCAUCUACCUCAUUCAGUUUCAUGGGGAAGGGAGUUUCUGGGUCAGACAAUGAAGAAAACGGAAGAGAUGUCACCAGAUGAACAUUCUCCUUGUGUUGUAAAAUUGGUAAGUUCGUUAUUAAGAAUCUGACUUCUCUCUUUUUUUGUCUUGUUUUUUAUGUUUCUUGUCGUGUUUGGUCCCUGUUUGUACAUACGUAUCCAAUGGAACUCUUUCUCUCAGAGGUUUUUGUACAGCGACUGAGGUUUCACAAGCUGAACCGAUGAUAUUAUGAUUCUACCA